AUGACAGCCACCCUAAUCGCGGAACUUGACGCGGCGGCGGGCCUGCCGAAGGAGUUACACGGGAAAGCUCAACCCCUCCCCCUCGAUAAGUUCGCGAGAGUGGGGAAGUGCGCUAGCACGGGGAAGGAGAUCACUCUCUGCUACAGAACUCUCGGUAACCCUGAUAACCCAUGCCUGCUGCUCGUCAUGGGCCUCGGCGGCACAUUACUCAACUGGAAGAAUGAGUUUGUGCAGCGACUUCUCCAGGCAGGUUUCUUUGUGGUUCAGUACGACAACCGCGACACGGGCUUGUCGACCCACCUUGACGGCUACACGACCCCGGCCAUUGCCCGCAUGAUACUCCCGGCCUGGGCCUCCAUCGGUGAAGGUAUACCUCCCUACACGCUGUACGAUAUGGGGAGAGAUGCAUGGGGUUUGCUGACGGCACUCGGGAUCCAGAGUGUGCACGUCCUUGGCACUUCCAUGGGUGGCAUGAUUGCGCAGUGUAUGGCUCUACAACACCCUGAGCGGGUGAAGAGCCUCACCAUUUUUUAUACGCACAGCAGCGGCCCGCAUGUGAAGCCGCAGACAUGGAAAAUGUCGUUUGCGAUGAUGGAGAAGCCUUCCGGGCCGUCCUUCGAGGAGCAAGUGAACUUCAUGGUUCACAUGAACUCCCUUUUCAGGGGCGACUACCCGCAGGACGAGCAAGAGGUUCGCUCGAUCGCCGCGGCUAACCUCACCCGAUGUCCCGCCGACAAUGACGGGGUUAUGCGACAGAUAUGGGCGGUGCGGCGUGCAGAGAGUCGUGAGAACGACCUUCGCCGGUUGAAAGGCAUCCCGACGCUCAUCGUGCACGGCAUGAAGGACACGAUGAUUCCUUUCGAGAACGGUGUGCAUCUGGCUCACCUGAUCCAAGAGUCAAGGCUUGUCGCCUUUGCACAUAUGGGGCAUUCUAUCCCGAGGGAACUCUACAGGGAUAUUGUAGAGGAAAUAAAGCUGCAGAAGGCGCUCGGUGAAGAGGCGAAAGCUCAGACGGAGAGGUCGUCAUCUGGUACGGGCGCGACGGAUUCCAUUACGCCAACAGAAGACACGGUUGAGGGAUGA